GGAAAGGCGAAGUGCUCGACUUUAGAUAAACAUGGCUAGAAUAUGAAUAGCCAACGUUACGAAAUUGAUAGGCUAUUAAGUGCGUGAUCCCAAUAUGUUCUACUCUAAACAGCCGAGUAUAAUCUUUUCACUUGUGGCGUGGACAUUUGCGCUUAGUGUAAACACACUGUGUAGUGAGGAAGACAUGAUGCACCGCUUGCGUCCUGGCCUUGAUGUUUUAUUGGGAAUUUCCCCAGAAGAUUUCUCUUGCAGAUCUGAGAGAAAGCUAUGCCCUGGAUCACCAUUUUAUUUUAAACUUGAUGAUUCACUGAAAAGUAAAGUUGAAAAGUUGUACUUCGUCAGAAACGGGAGGCAGAGGGUAAUUGCAACGGCCACAGAGAGUUUAGACCCCCAAUAUCCAUUUAAGGACAACGAACCAUAUAUACCAGAGGUAAUGGAAAGGCAUGAAGGGGAAUAUUUUUGGAUAAAGAAUAUACGUGUCAAAGUUAAUGAGUUCAGAUUAAUUCUUAAAGACUGCAGCACUCAUAAAAAUGUGGAUUAUGGUGAGGAAUUCAAACUGGAUGUGCCGCCGGACGCAUCUGUGUUGGAGUUCACCCCUGACGGCUCAGACUUAUGCUUGGUCUUGUGGAGCCGGAUAAAGGCAAAGAAUGAAAGGGGAGCCAGGGGAACGGUUGCGCUUGGUCAAUGGAGAGCAGAGAGGAUGACCCCAGCUGAUGUCGGCAGCUACAUUUUACGCAGGGAAAGUGGAGGCCAGAUCUCCCAUACAGUGGUCAAAGUUCAAGCCAAAACAGAAACAGUUAAAUUGACGGAUACAGAGAACUGGAAUACCUUUGUUUACAUCCCUACACAUGAGGUUGUUGUUACUUACUUCAAGCCUGCUGAGGACCAGGUGUAUACCCUCUUCCAGAACGGCUUGGUAACUGAUGUGGGUUUCAGCCGUUUCAGGGAUCGCAUAACACUAAACACUGCAUUGUCCAAUCUGACAAAAUUCAGCAUUUCGAAAAUGCAGCCAAGUGAUGCGGGACGAUAUGAGAUCCGUGACAGGAAUGGACGUCUGGCUAUGUCCAUGGAUCUAUUCAGAGGAGAGGUCCCUCUGAAAGUGUUCGACCCGAGCAGUUUAAUUAUGCCCCUGGGUAUAUCUGUGGUGCUAUGGUGCUGUUGCUGUAGCUGGUGCUGUUGCAGGUACUGUUGCAAGGUCUGCAGUGACAGUGACAACAGUGACAACGCUGCAGCUACAGCUGUUUUGCCAGACACUGAACCUCCUGCCUAUUUCCAUGAUCCUCCCUCCCUGAACCGCUGGGAAAGCAGUCCGCCCCCUUACGACACAGUGGCCCAGUUUGAGCUAUAUGUUCCUGACCUUCUUCCCAGUCUAGUGGUUCCUGUUGCUCCAACCGAGGCUCUAGAUGAAGGCUCUGGAGGUGGAGCUCUUGGAGGAGCAGGAGGUGGUGAUCUUGUUGCCCCAAGUGCACCCCUUGAUCCUGGGCUGCAGUACCAGCCGAGAGCCUGGGGUAGUGGCCUGGAUGACUUCCCGUCCAGCAGCAUCUACAACUCAGCCAAGCUCAACUUUUAGACUGGUUGCUGUUGAGAACAAAAUACCUCUCCUACAGUACAUGUAGUACACUCUCUCUUCACCUACAGUAUACACUGAAUAGUGAAGG